CGGGGAAGACCGCAGUUCACUUGAGAAAUCUCGUGUAAAGGAUAUGAGGGCCUAGCAGGUGCGUCGUCAAGGUCGCAUGCACAGAGGGAUAUAUAGCAUACGAACCUUUGUGUUCAGGGCUGCUACCCCGCUCACGGAGCCGAAACCGUGCACGAACGAGGGACAAAACGUUGGUACAAAUUCGGGGAAUAUGUCUGUCUCUCAUUUGCAUUCCGGACCGAAAUUUCCGACAAAGGAGGAUAUUUAAGCGUCGUUUACCAACGUCCAACGUACCCCAAUAAAUGCAAUGGAUCCCCUCAUUUCAUCCAUCGUUCUACACGGACCACGCGAUCUACGGCUUACUCGCCGUCCUCUCCCGCCUCCUCCCCCCCAUCACGUCCAAAUCGCCGUUCUCUCCACGGGACUCUGCGGCUCUGACCUGCACUACUACCUUCACGCGCGUAAUGGCGCCUUUGCUCUCCAAGCCCCUCUCGUUCUAGGCCACGAAUCCGCGGGAAUCAUCACCGCCGUUGGGCCUCUUGUCACGCACCUCCGUCCCGGCCAACACGUCGCCAUCGAAGCCGGGAUUCCCUGUGGAUCAUGCGAAUGGUGCAGAUCCAACCGGUAUAACCUCUGUGAGGGGAUGCGUUUCCGGAGCAGUGCUAAGACGUUCCCCCAUCUCGACGGUACGAUGCAGACGAGGAUAAAUCACCCAGCGAAACAUGUGCAUGUGCUGCCCCGUGGGGUAUCGUGCGAGCAGGGAGCACUCGCGGAGCCUUUGUCGGUUGUGUUGCAAGCAUCAAGACGGGCGGGAGUUUCGAAAAACACACGGAAAGUGCUGGUAUUUGGGGCUGGAGCCAUUGGGAUGCUGGCUGCUGGACUCGCGCGUUCAAGGGGCGUGCCUGUAGAAGCAAUCGCCAUGGUUGACAUUAACCAGCAGCGGCUGGCAUUUGCAAAAUCCCGUGGACUUGUGGGAAAGAUCUUUUGUCUAACGCCGCAGGCCCCAGCAAAGGGCGUCGACGGUCUCGAGCGGAGUAGAGCCCAAGCGGAGGUAUUUGGCGGAGGAUAUGAUGUCGUAUAUGAAUGUACUGGUGCAGAACCGUGUAUUCAAAUGGCUGUCUAUAAUGCGAGAAGCGGGGGAAAGGUCCUUCUCAUUGGAAUGGGCACAUCUAACGCUUUGAUACCCAUAAAUAAUGCGGCCACUCGAGAGGUCGAUAUAAUAGGGAGCUUCCGAUACGCAGACACAUACAAGGAAGCACUCGAGUUACUUGCUAGCAACUCAAUACCUCCAAUAAUGGAUCUCGUAACGCACCGUGUGCCGUUCAAUGUCGAUGCAGUAAAGAAGGCGUUUGAGGCUAUGGCCAAGGGGAUAGAUGAGAAGGGACAGCUGGUGAUCAAAGUCAUUAUUGGCGGUGAAUGACAGAGAGUAUGGAAGACGGACCUGUGUAAUUGUGAUGUAAUUAUUUUGAUUUGACGAGGUACCGCCUUACGUGAGCUCUUG